ACAGAAGACUUCUCUUUAGUUGCUCCAAACAAUCGGUCCGGUGGUGACGUUGGACAGACGCUUAUUACGAGUUACCGGAAUGAAAAGUUAAAAAUUUUUUAAUUUCAGAAUAACCCUGACCGAAUCGUACCGUAUAUUCGUGAAUGUGUAAACAACCGUGCUGGCUCGAUGCCAAUCGUCUUUAUACAUUGAAGACUUUUUUCCAUAUACUCUGCACAUGAAAGUUGCUCGUGGAAUUUUCGCGGUAUUGAAGAAACACGUUUCGCCCGCUUUCGUCGAACGUUAGUCGUUCUCGGUCCAUGAGAUGUACGAGAAGUUCAUCGGUUUGUUACAAUUUCGUGAAAUGAAACGCUAGCUAAUUGAAAAUUCUCGCUAUAAUUAUUCAACUGAACAUCUAAAUUUGAGAACUCCAAGAAAAUGGUGAAUUCACACGCUGUGUUAUCAGUGCUUUUGCUGCUGGUGUCAACUAUAUCACGUAUCAGUGGAAAUUGUGAAGGAAAAUUAAAGGAAUAUUCCUGCAAUGGAGGUGACAUUUCUGACCUCAAGAUAGUACAAGCUGACGUAGAAGUACUUCAAAUAUCAGACAUGAAAGUUCCGAAACUGUCGGUCGACGCGCUGAAACGUUUUACCCAACUGCAAAUAUUCAGUUGUUCAAAUUGUAGUAUCCGAGAAAUCGAGCCCGGUGUUUUUCACAACAAAUUUAACCUGGAACAACUGACAUUAAACAACAAUCAUCUGACCAGCGUGAAAGCGAAUUGGAUUCAGGGUCCGGAGUAUCUCACGUAUCUAGAUCUGACCCAUAACAAGAUCACCGGGAUCGAACCCGGUGUCUACAAACUAAUUGAAAACCUGGCGGAGCUCCGACUCUCGGGAAACCCGAUCGAGUGCCUCGACACGAAAGCUAUGUCGAACUUAAAGUCACUGCGGAUAUUCCUCUUGGACCAAGUGCCCACGUUCAAAUGCCCACGGCUAAUGGCCGAGUUCGUCAAGCAACACGGCAUCACCGCCGAAACGGAUAAAACUUGGAAGGAAAUUCAGGUUUCCGAACAAGAUGAAAAGAACUCUUACGCAAAGGCAGUCAAGGCCGCCGAAAAGUUGGACAGGAUCGUUUCGACGGAAUCGACGCCGAUAAUUCCGAUCGUCACGACACCCCGAUUUUUUCCCGUCACGCAAAGGCCGCUGGAACUUCUCACCUCGGUGGAUAUCGACAUCGGCGAAGUUCUCACGACGAACACGCUCUGGAGAGAACCGAAGAGCUCGACUCCCAAGCCGGUUCCCGAAAUCCUGGCGGUACCCUCGACCACCGAAACGUCCCAGCCCCUGUCGUCGUCCGUGAUAAUCGAAGCGUCAAGUAUCGUCACCACGAGCUACGAGCAGGAGUCAUCCGACAUAGUGACAACCACUUUCAGCUUGGAAUCGACUACGAAGGUGGCUCCAAUCGGCAAAGAAAAGGCGACCCCCGUGAUCCCGGUCGCCGUUUACACGUCCGCGAGUGUUCCAGUAGUCCAUUAUCCUCCUCCGUCACCGGUGCCCACGGUUAUCAUGCCGGCACCAAACGCGACGAACGGGGAACCGGAAAGGGAUGAAAGUCUCCAGUUCGCCUCUGUGUUUCCACCCCCGUACGGCAACGUCGCCGAUUCUCAACCGGGUGAACAACACGAACUCGUCAGUCCGACAACGGUCAGACAAACGGUCCCUGAAGAAGAAACUGACAAACCGCUGCCGCUGUGCAACGAUGCCGGUCAAGGAUUGAGGAACGCCGGGAGAUAUGCGAUCGGGAUAUUCGUUGUCGUGUUUUGCUUAGGUUCACUGUGAGGUUAAAGUUUGACGGUUCAUGGUACCGAAUACGGAGCGGCGAAUAUACGACUGCACUUACUUAUCAGUUUUCAGCGACUUAAAUUUAAUUACAACUUCAACUGAAUAUAAUCGACUUGUUUCGAUAUAUGACGCGUGGUCUUCUUUCCACAAUUGUUUUUCUCUCACGUUUUCAAAUUAAUAGCUUCGAUUGGGAUGCUUGAGAAAAUCAAGUGGAUAACGUAAUUGCAACGACACUCGACGGAAUGAUAAGAAAAUAUUAAUUUGAAAUAUCGUUUUUAAGCUGUACCUUGUCGACUAUAUGAACCAUGCAUUUACAUUAUUAUAUAUACAUAUACUUUAUCUUUAUGUCUAGUUAUAGAGUUGAAUAAGUAAGGUGUUGAGUGCCGAAUGGCGUUUAAUGAACAGUUUAACAUUUAAAUAGCGAUUAUAAGUUUAUCAUGCCGUUAUUCAUACAGUGCUCCACACAGUUGAUAAAAAGCGGAUAAUUAUACAUACGGAAUUAUUUUUAUUCAAUAAAAUCAGUGCAAAAAUGUUGCUGAACAAUGCCGUAUUGAUUGUUACGAAACAACAAUAUGGUAUAGGUAUAAAUAAUCGUUCUGCAGAUAAAAUUGUUUCGUAACUAUUUUGUUCUCUCGUUUUCUUCGUCAAAUUUCUAUUCCUACAGAUAAACCAGAAAUCGUGACCGCAUCCAUAUAAAAAGCUCUGAACGCUUAUCCCACACGCGUGUGCAGAUCGACCUGAUUUUAAAGAAUAAGCGAAUAAAUGAGAACCAUUGA